UUGAUCGUAGAAAAUGAUUCAGCCAUGUUUGUUGUGAGUAGUAUACGGAGGUCUAUGUCUACACUCAUUUUUGUUCUUUUUGUGGUAUUAGGAUGUUUCGUUUCGCUUUCAAACCAGUGUGACAAGAAUAGCGACUGUAAAAAUGGCUACUGUAGAGCGGGUAUGUGUAUUUGCAAUCCAGGAUGGUGGGGAAAUCUUUGCCAGUUUUGUCGCCUCAGACUGGACCAAGAUAGUGGAAUAAUUACUGAUGGAGAUGGUAAAUAUGCCAGUGCAUCAAAAUGCUCAUGGCUAAUAGAAUCCAAAAAGCCAAAUAGCACUAUUCAUUUGAAUUUGGAAGAAGUUGCAACUGAGUGUAUUUGGGAUAAUUUGUAUAUUUAUGAUGGAAAAUCUGUCAAAAGUCCUUUAAUAGCCGUGAUAAGUGGAAUUAUUAGAGAUGCAUCGAAAGACAGAUUCGCUGAUGGUCCGGUGCUACAGUUUGAAGCCAAAUCAGGGGCAGCAUUUCUCUAUUUUUAUAGUGAUAAAUACUAUGUUGAAGAUGGAUUCAGGAUAAGAUAUAGCAUCACCAAAGAUUGUUCAGCAAGAUGCAGUUUCCAUGGCCACUGUGAUUCAAAUGAACUAUGUGUCUGUCAUGCAGGAUGGACUGGUCCCAGUUGUGAUAUUCAGACCUGUAUAACUGAGUGUGUCAAUGGAUACUGUGAUAACAGCACAAGACUGUGUGUGUGUGACUCGGGAUUCACUGGUGCCUCUUGCAAUAUUACAGGAGACAGAGGGCACUGGAUACACCAUUCAUCAACAGGCCAAGACCUAAUUCAAGGCCGAGCAUCUCAUGCUUCUGCUCUUCUGGGUGACUACAUGUGGGUCUUUGGUGGCUAUUCAUUAACCUCAGAGCCAUUUGAGAACCUUAUCAGAUAUCACAUUCCUAGUGACAGUUGGCAAGUAAUAUUGCCAGCUGUCAAUUCAACCAGGGGUCCAUCCAGGCGUUAUGGUCACUCAAUGAUUGCUUAUAAUUCAACCCUGUAUAUAUUUGGUGGUAGAAUAGGAAAAAAAGCAACCAAUCAACUAUGGUCUUUCGAUACUGAAAAGCUAGAGUGGGACUUGGUAACCAGUGAUGGUGAUUCCCCUCUUUAUGUUGCUGGACACACAGCUACUCUGGUUGACUCCACAAUGAUUGUCCUGUUUGGUUUUGGACCCAAUAGAGGCUAUACAGACAGAGUUCAAGAAUUUGACUUGGAGACUGGAAAAUGGAGCAUAUACACGACUCCCACAGAGAUUAUUCCCCCAUCAUAUGGACACAGCAGUGUUUAUGAUCCAGUGGGGAAAUUAAUCUACGUUUACGGUGGGAUUGCCUCAGUGGGUUCUGAUAAGCUCUCUACUGCACUGACAUCUUAUGAUCCAAAAGCAAGGAUAUGGAAAUCUCUCAGAAACAGCAGUUUUCCUCGCUUUCUGCAUUCUGCUGUUUUACUGGGUGACCUGAUGUUAGUAUUUGGUGGUAGUUCACACAAUGGUACAUCACAGGGGCAGUCUAACUUUCCGUGCUUUUCCAUGGACUUUGUUGCAUACAGCUUGACCUGUGAUGAGUGGAAGAGGAUGCCUGAGUCAGGACUUUUAAAAUCUGCUGGACGUUAUGGACACACUGCUGUGCAAGUCAACAGAACCAUGUAUGUUUUUGGAGGAUUUCAAGGGGUUGUCUUUAGUGACAUUUUAUCAUUCACUCCAGGACCUUGUGAUUUGAUUAAGGAUAAAGAAACAUGCCAAAACCACUUAAACACAUCUGAGUGCGUAUGGAAUGACUCCACCUCUUUGUGCAUUGGACCAGAGAGUUGUGUACAGCCAGAGGUCACAGUGGGAAAAAAGUGCUCAGAAAUGAAUGACAGUUGUAGUAGAUGUACUUCCAGUUUACAUGGCUGUUCAUAUUGCGAAGGAAAAUGUGUGAAAGGAGCAUGUCCUGAUGGUCAGAAAAAAAUUGAUUCUCCAGCAAAGUGUGAUAAAAAGCAAACAUCAUACAAGAAAUGUGAAGGUUCAAAUUGUAAAGAGAAGUCAUGCCACAGAUCGACAUCUUGCGAAGAAUGUGCAUUAGGUUGUAUGUGGUGUGAGUCACAGAAGCUCUGUGUGGCUAACAAUGCCUACACUGUGAAUUUCCCUUUUGGCCAGUGUCGUGGUUGGGUCCAAGGGAAGUGUUCAACUGUGCGCUGUUCCGGCAUGAAGACUUGUGCUGACUGCCACACCCUUCCUGGUUGUGGCUGGUGUGAUGACGGAUCAGGGACUGGGUUGGGGCAGUGUAUGGACGGAGGAGAUGAUGGCCCUUUUACUAAACCAACAAACUCUUCAAUGAACCAGUGCCUAGCAGACCGCUGGUACUUUAUGAAGUGUCCAGAUUGCCAGUGUAAUGGACACAGCAAAUGCAUCAAUAAGAACAUCUGUAAAAAGUGCGAGCAUCAGACGGACGGGCCUCAUUGUGAGGUGUGUGCGGCUGGUUAUUUCGGUGAUGCAAAGAAUGGUGGAAAGUGUGAAGCUUGCCAAUGUAACGGUCACGCAGACACAUGUGAUGUUAAGACUGGAGUCUGUGAUUGUUUUGACCGUUAUGUGACUGGGGAUAACUGCGAAAGAUGUGACGACGGAGUUCGUUCCACGGUGAUCGUUGGUAACGCAACAAAUGGCGGUCACUGUUACAAUAAACUCAACAGUAAUUAUGAAUACACGUACAAUGUGUCCAACAAGACAAGAAUAAGCUUCCUCAACAUUCCUGAAAAGGACGACAUCGAUGUGGAAAUUACUGUGAGAGUCAAAGAGGGCAAGUCUGCUCUGAUGAAUUUGUCGUACAGCUCAGAUGCUGUAGAGGAAGAAACACUCGUGCACUCUCGGGAAAUAGGGUCCUACCAGCAAACCUUCUCAUAUGGCGUCUUUCCGUUUGGCCGCCGGGACAAAUUCACCUUUAAGGUUCACAUUUUUGACAUCAAAGGAUUCAUUACCCUUGAGAUUGCGUUUCUCCAGAGUCGCAAGUUCCUGAUUCUCAACUUCUUUAUUACGUUUUUCGCCUGUUUCUUUUCCCUUCUGUUCGUGGUGGCCCUUGCGUGGAAGAUUAAAGUCAGAUAUUCAAACUAUGUCAUGGCUCGGCAUCGUCAUGAAGAGAUGAAACUAAUGGCCAGCCGACCAUUUGCCAAAGUGGGUUUGGCUCUCACAGAGCCAGUUCAACUAGAAACAAAGAAGAAACCACUAUCGGCUAUUGCUAUCCAACCAACGGAAAAUCACGAAGCUGACGUGGGAGUGUUCGUGAUGAGAUUACCGGGAUCAGAAAAUGGCUUCACUCCUGUUGGUCAGAUGGGUGUGUGCUGCGCAACCGCGCUGAUUUCACGCGGGCAAGUGACUACCCAGAGUCUUCACAUGCCUGUGAUGAAAGGGACAGUUGUCAAGAGAUCUAGUAUGGUCAGGACCUGUUGUAUGUGAAGAUCUUGGCGGACGUAGGCUGAAUGAAUCUGCUUUAUUUUAAAUCCCUUAUUGAAACUGACGGGUGCCCGAGAAUUACCUAAGAUUGCUACAUUCGAAAAAAAAAAAUUCCUUAGUAUGAUGAGCACGUCGACGUCUGCGGAAAACAGUUCCCGGAAUUGAGAAGCUGUAGUUUUAAACGAACCACUCUUGUUAUCGUGUUCCUAUUUGAAACGAAUCAUAAACGUCUCAAGAGACAGCUGGGUUUGAUUAGGGGCGUAUCGUACGUCAUUAAAUUUUUGAAGUGAGCAUUGUUCCGAGGGUCGUUAGAAAUAGCUACAUUAUUUUUUAUUGAAUCUCAAAGUGAAGUUGCUCGCAAAAUUGUGUAAAUACAAGCCAAUAUCGAUCACUUGCUAUAAUUAUAUGUAAGCUCCUUAAAAUGGACCGGUCGUCAGGAAAUUCCUGAUUGCUCCAUACGACAUUAGCUGAUAGGCCCUUUGAAGCCAGAGAUCACAUGAUAGAUUGUCUGCCGUGGCAGUGCCAGUAACGUACAGAAAAGUCGAACCUUUUUUUGCUUUUUGCAGUGCGUUAUUUGCUAUCUAGCGUAGCAGAAGUUACUUCUUAGUGCUUAUUGGUCAAACAACAGAUCAUAGAACCAUUCCAAAACAAUCGUGAAGGACAUGCAACAUAAAUAAAUGAUUGUACGUUUUUAUGUCUCUCGUUUGUGAGACCUUUGAGAACGCAAUAACUGCCUAAACCAAGCCUGACGUACGUCUAAUGAUUCAAAAUAUAGCCUGUAAUGACGUACUCUAUCAAAUGAGUUAAACUAAGAAUUCGGAAAUUUAUGAGAGGAUCAUUCUCUCACUGUACAGGUGCUAUUUCUUUACGCACGUAACUUAUCUAUAGCAUUAUUAUUAUGGAAACGUUGAGAUUGUUAUCUUCUAUCAUCACCAUAAUUAUUAUUAUUAUUAUUAUUGUGUUAUUAUUAUUAUUAUUAUCGUUACACUAAUUUAGUACUAUUCAUUCGCCCUUUUUUAAUAUACGACCGGUUUUAUACCAUGAUGUAUUCAGUUUCUGACAAACCUGUUAUACGCUUUUAAUUUUGUACUUGUUAUGUUGCUAUAAUUUUAUAUUCAGAAAUAAACGCCCAUAACUGGUAAAGUGUG